AUGAGAGCUGGAGUGUUGUGGCUCAUCUCUUUCUUCACUGUCUUUAAGGGCCACUGCAGCUUCCUUGGGAGAAAUGAUGGCAUCAAAACAAAAAGAGUACUCAGUGUGGAAAAGAAAGCUCACAUUAUCCCAGAUCAGGAAUAUGAGCUGUUACUUCAGGUGACCUACAGAGAUUCCAAAGAGAAAAGAGACUUGGAGAGUCUUCUGAAGCAACUGAAGGCUCCAUCGACAUGCUUGUCAGCGCCAAUGGAGAUCAUCAGGGUGAAGACCACAACGUACUGUAGCAGCCUGAAUGGGAUCCUACAGUGUGCCUGCGAAGACAGCCACACCUGGUUUCCUCCCUCAUGCCUCGAUCCCCAGCACUGCUAUCUUCACACAACUGGAUCUCUCCCAAGCUGUGAAUGUCACUUCAGCAACCUCAGCCAGAGCAUCAAUUUCUGUGAGAGAGCAAAGAUUUGGGGCACUUUCCAAAUUAAUGAAAAAUUUACAAAAGACCUUUUAAAUUCAUCUUCUGCUAAAUACUCCAAUUAUACAACUGCCAUUAAAGAUAAACUUACAGAAGUAUACAAAGAAAUUCAAGGUUUUGAGUCAGUGGAGGUUACCCAAUUUCGAGAGGGAAGCAUUAUUGUUGGGUAUGAAGUGAUUGGCUCAAGCAGCUCCUCUGAGCUGCUGUCAGCUGUGGAACAGGUGGCUGCGAAGGCGGAGGCCAGCCUGGGCCAGCUGUUUCUGUUGGAAGACGGAUCCUUCAUGGUGUUUGGAAAAGUCCAGUGUAACAGCAUUUUCUUUGGAUUUGGGUCUAAGAAUGAUGAAUAUACCCUGCCCUGUAGCAGCGGCUACACUGGAAAUGUCACAGCCAAGUGCCAGCCCUCUGGAUGGCAGGUCGUCAGGGAGUCCUGUGUGCUCUCUCAGCUGGAAGAACUGCAGAAGAAUUUCAGCCUGAUUGCAAACAGCGCUACAGAGAUGGACAUGUCAUCUCUGGUGCAAAAUCUUUCUGUCAUCAUUCAGCAAAAUCCAUCAACUACAGCUGGAAAUCUGGCUUCUGUGGUGUCAAUUCUGGGAAAUAUUUCAUUCCUGUCAAUGGCAAAGAAUUUCAAGGUGUCUAAUUUGACGUUGGAGAAUGUCAUCAAUAUAACUGAUCAUAUUCUUAAUUCAUCAUCAAUAACUAAUUGGACAAUUUUAUUGCAAGAAGAAAAGGAUGUCAGCUCACAGCUACUGAGGACAUUGGAAAACAUCAGCAUUCUGGUACCUUCAACUGCUCUGCCUCUGAGUUUUUCUAGAGAUUUCAUUAACUGGAAAGGGAUUCCAGUGACCGAAAGUCAGUAUGAACAGGGUUAUAACUAUCAGAUUGAAAUGUUCCAAAAAAAUACCUCCAUUCCUAUCAGAGGCUAUGUGUUAAUUGGACCUGGCCAAUUCCAGAAGCCCCUUCCAGAAAGUAUCAUCAACAUGGCUUCAUUGACCUUUGGAAACAUUCUGCCCAUUACCCAAAAUGAAAAUGUUCAGGUCAAUGGGCCUGUAAUAUCCACAGUUAUCCCAAACUAUUCCAUAAGUGAAAUUUCCCUGAUAUUCUCUAAGAUAGAGUCAAAUCUGAGAAAGCCUCAUUGUGUGUUUUGGGAUUUCAGUCAUUUGCGAUGGGACAGUGGAGGCUGCCACCUAGUAAAUGAAAGUCUAGAUAUGGUGACGUGUCAAUGUACUCACCUGACCUCCUUCUCCAUGCUGAUGUCACGCUUUGUCCCCUCUGCGAUUGUCCCUGCUGUGAAUUGGAUCACCUAUGUGGGACUGGGUAUCUCCAUGGGAAGUCUCACCUUAUGCCUGAUCAUUGAGGCUCUGUUUUGGAAGCAGAUCAAGAAGAGCCAAACUUCACGCACACGUCAUAUUUGCAUGGUGAACAUAGCCCUGUCCCUCUUGAUUGCAGAUGUUUGGUUUAUUGUUGCGGCCACUGUGGACACCACCAUAAACCCUUCUAGAGUCUGCACAGCUGCAGUGUUCUUUACACAUUUUUUCUACCUCUCUUUGUUCUUCUGGAUGCUCCUGCUUGGCCUCCUGCUGGCUUAUCGAAUCAUCCUUGUGUUCCAUCACAUGUCCAUGACUUUGAUGAUGGCUAUUGGGUUCUGUGUGGGCUAUGGGUGCCCUCUCAUUAUAUCAGUCAUCACCCUUGCAGUCACACAACCUAGCAAUAACUACAAAAGUAAAGAUGUGUGCUGGCUUAAUUGGUCUGAUGAGAGCAAACCUCUCUUGGCUUUUGUUGUCCCUGCAUUGACUAUUGUGGCUAUGAAUUUGGUUGUGGUGCUGUUAGUUCUCUCAAAGCUCUGGAGGCCAGCUAUUGGAGAAAGACUGAAUCAGGAUGACAAGGCCACUUUCAUCCGCAUGGGGAAGAGCCUACUCAUCUUGACCCCUUUGCUGGGGCUCACCUGGGGCUUCGGUAUAGGAACAAUGGUGGAUGGCCAGAAUCCAGCUUGGCAUGUUCUUUUUGCAUUACUGAAUGCAUUCCAGGGUUUUUUCAUCUUCUGUUUUGGAAUACUGUUGGAUAGUAAGCUGCGACAACUUCUAUGCCACAACUUGUCCCCACUAAGCUCUUGGAUGCAGACACUAAAGCAAAACUCCUCAGAGAUAUCUUCCAAACCCAAACGCUCAAAACGUUACUCAGUGCAAAACAAAGGCAACAAUGCAAUUUCUCAUAAGGGAGAUUCCUCCAACAACAUCAUGCUUACACAGUUCUUAUCAACUGAAGAAGGUGCAGUCUCUUAA